AUCAUCAGUCCUUCCUCCAUGUCAGUGCAUGGAUGAAUAAACCUCCAUGGUCAGUGCAUGCUAUGAUCAGUGUAGUGCGGUUCAGCCAGAGCUACCGGUCAAGUCAAGUGUAUUACAUGUGCUAAAAACCAAAAACAAGUUUCACUUAUGUUCAUAAACAAGGACGGAAGCCACACACCAUGCUGUAAUACUCUCGAGAGACGAGCAAGGUUGGAGCAGGUUCUUUCUUACGGUUUGUCUCAUUUUAUGUGCAGAUGCCUACAUGAUUGAACACGCAUUUGUGUUUGGACACAAUUUGUGCGCCGCAUGAAGAAUGUCCAACAUUUAUAAAGAGAUUGGUGCAAAUUCAAACUAUCCUCAACCAAACAGGAAAAUGAAAGCAAACGUAUCUGACGUUGAAAUAUCAGAUAGUACAAAAUCAACUGGUAUUCGGCGAGAUCGUAUCGGUGUAGUACUAUGCAUUCUGUGUUGUGAGCUCUGUGAACGACUGACAUACUACAGCAUCGGGGGAAACUUGGUUCUGUAUUGCACCAAUGAGUUGCAGUACACUAGUGCUGAUGCCACAACCGUUGCAUUCAUCUUCACAGGUACCUCGUAUUUUGUGCCUGUGUUUGGAGGAUGGAUUGCCGACUCCAUCUCAGGGAAAUUCAAUGCAAUAUUUGGAGCUGCUCUCAUCUACUGUUUAGGAACAACAAUCCUCCCAGUUAUCUCAAUUGACUACACCCAGUUUGGCCAAACUCUAGGUCUGACAGUAGGGCAGAAACAAGGCUUCUUUAUCUGUGGGUUAACCCUCAUUGCUAUUGGUACUGGUGGUAUUAAAUCUAACGUUGGACCGUUUGGUGCUCAACAACUAGAUGAUCUGGGAGAAGGUGCUGUGAAAUCCUUUUUUAAUUGGUUCUACUGGUUUAUCAAUGUUGGAUCUGCCAUUGCAUUCUCUGGUGUCGCCUAUGUCCAACAAGAGAUUGGGUUUGAUGUUGGAUUUGCCAUCCCUGCAGUUUCAAUAAUCUUGGCAAUUGUGGUUCUCAUGAUUGGACGUAAAUGGUAUCGAAUGAGGCCACCUGAAGGGAGUGUCUUCAACACUGUUGCCAAGAUCAUCUUCCAAGGCUUGUCUCAGAUUCGAAAACCCAAACCAGCUGGUGUAACAAGCUACAGUUGGCUGGAUCGGGCCAAGACAUCCUAUGGCGGUCACUUUUCAGACGUCAAAGUAGAGGAAGUUAAAUCACUGGGAAGACUUAUCCCUAUAUUCCUAGUCCUGAUUUUUUAUUGGACUGUUUAUUUUCAGAUGAAUACAACCUAUCUUCUACAAGGUGAACGGAUGCGUUUGAUGUAUAACGGCUUCACCAUACCAGUGGCUGGACUCAACCUAUUUAACACAUUAAUCAUUCUCAUACUGGUACCUUUCGUCGACCGGUUCCUUUACCAAUACCUCGCCAGAAAGGGAUAUCCACUGUCUCAGCUGAAACGAAUCGGUGUAGGGAUGGUCUUAGCCGUUGUGUCCAUGAUAGUAGCAGCUUCUAUUGAGUUUGCUCGUAAAGCAGACAUACAGAAGAGUGGCUACAUUCAACAAGAAGUGGCUGGUAAAAUCUUCAAUGCAUCAGAUCUGUCUGUCUUUGCUCAGAUCCCACAGUAUACAUUCAUCGGGGCAAGUGAGGUGUUUGCAAGCAUUACAAGUCUAGAGUUUGCGUAUUCACAGGCUCCUGUAUCAAUGCAAGGUGUUAUCAUGGGAUUCUGCCUACUGGCCUCAGGUCUCGGCAGCUAUUUAGGCUCAUUGCUGGUAACUGUUGUCAAUGCCAUCACAUUUGGAGCUGAAUGGAUCCCAAAUGAAAUCAACAACGGCCAUUUGGAGUAUUUCUUCCUCCUCCUGGCGGGAAUAAUGUUCCUUAACUUCCUGGUCUUUCUACUCAUAGCAGAGCAAUACAGGUAUGUAGAAGAUCGCCCCUCGGACCUUCAACCUGAAUUACCUCCAGAUGACCUUUUUAAUCAGAAUGGUCAAAGGUCAAGAGAACCAGGAAGGGAUAGUAUAGGUGAGACAACUGCAUUACUCAGUGACUCAGAGAUGUGAAAUCUUGGAGGAUUACUUAAGAGAUGCUUAGUUUAACAAACACUUUUGAGCAAACCAAGUCUUUAAAGGUGACUUUCAUUAAAAAAUUGAGUUACCGGUACAAAACUUAUAACAGCCAAUGUGAUGCCAUGCCAAAACCAGGCACCAAACACUAGUAUGUUGAGAAAAUAAUACUUAAAAUCUAAGGUCUAUAAAUUAGAUGUUAUUUGAAAAUGCUUCUCAUUGAGUUGAUGAGCAAAUAAAUUCAGCUUUGAGUUUUGGCAAUUAGAUUUGGUAUCAAGUGUCAUGAAUGUCAACACAGAAUAUUAAUGAUAAGUAUUAUCAAACAAUUUAAAUGAAAACCUAAAAUGUUGAUUCCUGUGCAAGAUCAACAAUCUUCUACCUGUGUAGAGCAAUUAAUUACAACAUUGACAAAAUAAUAAUAACAAGGAUUUAAAUAACAACUCCGUAUUUAUUUUGCUUGUAUUAUGUUAUCCAUGAACGAGGCAUGCAACUUUUCCUCGGAUCAGCCGAUUUCCUAUUUUUUUAAUCUCGGUUUUACCAUUCAAAAUAAAAAAAUA